AAUGCUUUGUCAAAAUUUUCAAAAGCAUUAAUUCACAUCCACAUUUUCUUAAGAUCUUAGCAAUGGCUGAAGUUCAAUUAUUGGGUGCAAGAGGAAGCCCAUUUGUUCAAAGAGUGCAAUAUGCUCUAAAACUAAAGGGUAUUGAGUACACUUUCAUUGACGAAAAUAUAAAAAACAAAAGUGAACUUCUUCUUAAGUACAACCCUGUUUAUAAGAAGGUACCUGUUUUGGUUCACAAUGGAAAACCAUUAUCUGAGUCACUUGUGAUUAUUGAAUACAUUGAUGAAACUUGGGAGAAUUAUCCCAUUCUUCCUCAACAAGCUUAUGAGAAAGCCUUGGCUAGAUUUUGGUCUAAGUUCAUUGAUGACAAGAUCUGGCCGGCGAUAGCAAAGGCGGCAUGGACAGUGAACAAAGAGGAGCGAGAGAAAGGCAAUGAAGAAGUGUUGCAGGCUCUACAAUUUCUUGAGAAUGAACUCAAGAACAAAUUCUUUGGCGGAGAAAACAUUGGCAUUGUGGACAUUGCUGCUUCCUUCAUAGCUUUCUGGCUUCCUACCCUUGAAGAAGCUAUUGGAUUGAAGUUCCUUAGUGGUGGCAAGUUUCCUAAGCUCCAAAAAUGGAGUCAAGAGUUCAUCAAUCAUCCUAUUGUGAAAGAGAUUCUUCCUCCCAGAGAGGGACUCUCGGCGUAUUUCAAAACUCGAUAUGCUGCUCUUAGUUCUGCAAAAUAAAUCAAUGCAGUAUUUUAGAGAUAAGAGAAGUACAAGUUAGUUUUAGACUAAUCUUAGAGAUAAGAGAAGUUGAAACGAAAUCAUUUUAGUUUGCAUGUUAUCAUUUGAGUAGUAUUUUGAGUUUUAUUUGCAGUCUUAUUUCUGUUUUGUCAAUUAGCCACUCUAAAUUGUCAGAUUAGUUUCUUGUUAAUUUAUGGUUAUUUUCACGUUUUUAAAGA